AUGCAGUCCGCUGCUCAGCCUUCGUCUUCAUCCUCCUCUGCCACUGCCUCCACCUCCGCCGCUCCUUCUUCUUCCUGGCAGGAGCGCAUUGCCGGUGGCCGCAUCACCACUGCUCCGCCCGCCUUCACCAAAGAUGGAGAUUUUUUGAUCACCUGCGCGGCCUCGGUGCUGAAGGUGUACAGCGUCAAGACGGGCGAGGUCGUCAAGACCCUGCGACACAAGUCCCGGGUGACCGGCUUCUUCUUCAACCCGGCCAACGCCCUGCAGCUCUACUCGGCGGCAGAGGAGGGCAUCAUCCGCCUGUGGGACUUUGAAGACGGCGUGCUCCUCAAGAGCUGGAAGAUUGGUGGUGAGGGGAAGAUCAACCAGGCUGUUCUCGACGCGACCCAGCGCGUGGUCUACCUGAGCAUCUGCAAGGUGGACCCCAAUACCAGUCAGGAGACCCAUCUCAUCAGCACAUUCAACUUGAACACCUGCACGAGCCGAGUGCGAUACACCACCAGCAAGCCCCUUGCCAAGCUGUACGUCAGCCCGCGGGGUGACUUCUUUGCCGCCCUCCAAGACAAUUGUUGCGGAUUCCAGUUGUUCAACGUGAACACGAAGGACAUGCAGUCCAUCCACCACCCCCACAAGAUCACUUCGUUCGACUUCCAUCCGACCGAGCCGUGCGUGGCGUACGGAGAUGAGGCGGGCGUGAUUCGAGUAAACUACUGCCUCCCCCGCGUCGAUCCGAUGGACAGCGACGCCAAGCCCCAGGUCCAGCCCAACAAGCAAACCCGCAUCGACAGAUACGACUGGCACACCUCCCCCAUCUCUGCGCUUCAGUUUUCUCCCGACGGCUUCUACCUGCUCUCCGGCGGUCAAGAGGAAGUGUUGGUUCUCUGGCGUCUGAACACCAGCGGCAGAAUUUUCAUUCCCCGCCUGGGUGCCGCCAUCUCGUCGGUCACUCUCAACGAGCAAGGAACGGUCUACGCGGUGUGCUGCGCCGACAACAGCGUCCGUAUCAUUGACGCUUUGACGAGGGACAUGGUCAUGAAGAUCCAGGGAAUCAGCUUGGAUAUCGGCAGCAUGCCUAUUAUCAUCGACCCGCGCAACGACCUCGUCGUCACGUCGUUCAAGCACGGGUCCCUGCAGCGCUACGACUCCGUGCGCGACAGGCAUGUCGACGAAAUGGAGAUCGUUGCCAACCCACAGAUUGAUGAGAGAGGGCAUCUCCCGUUUGCCACUGUGAAGCAUGUGGCCUUUGGCCCCAAGGGCAGCUUCAUGGUCACGACCGAUUACCGUGAUUACACGGACAUCGACGCCGAAAUUGUCAUCAAGUUUUGGCUGCACGACGGAAAGCAGUACACGCUCAACACCACGGCGCAGAAGGCCCACAGCGCACCUAUCACGGGGCUGGCUUGUCACCCCAUCCUCCCGCUGGUCGCCUCGUGCUCUCGGGACGGCAAGUUCAAGCUUUGGGAACAGAUCGAGAGGCCACCUCCUCCCGGCAGCAAGAACAAGGACGUGACCCGCCCCGUCUGGGUGUGCCGCUCGGUGGGCGACUUCAAGGGUCUGUCGGCUUCUGGCCUCUCCUUCUCCACCGACGGUUCCCUCCUCGCCGUUGCUUACAAAUCGACGAUUACCCUUUGGGACCCGAUGUCGAACACCUUCCACCGCUCGCUCACCUUCACCAACGGAGUCGCCAAAUCGAUCAAGCAUUUGGCCUUCAUUCCCUCGUCUCGUUAUUUGGUCUCCGCCACCCGCCACCAGCUGUUUGUGUGGGAUCUGGUGCGCUGUGCUAUUGUGUGGAGCUACAACGUGGAGGUGCACAGGCUGGCGGUGGAUAUGUCGGUCAACUACAAGGCCAACCUGGUCUUCCCGUCGCCCGCCUCCCUCGUCUCGUCUUUCGUGGUCACCAACGGGCAGCACAUCUUCCUCUUCAACCCGUCGUCGCCCAAGCCCCUGCACGUGUGGUCGGCGGAGAAGCGCGUGGUCCGGUCGCUCGCCUUUGUGGCGACGUCGAGCCUCUUGCCCGAGGGUCGUGUCGUCUACAUGAACGACAAGUGCGAGCUCGUCUGCCUGGAGAAGAAGCUGGACAAGAAGACCGAAAACAAGACAGACCAGGAGAAGGUGUCGCUGAGCAUGUCGAAGGUGAAGGGCGCCAAGAAGGAGGUCACGGAGGAGAAGCUGUCGGCAUUCGAGAGCGCGUUCGGCAAGCUCUCGGUCGCCGGCGCCACCACGAAGGAGGGCGGCGAGGACACGGGCGUCAUCAUCGCGCGCGAGGACACCGGCUCCCUCUUCAACCCCAUCGCGCCGCAGCUCUCCCAUCUCUUCAACGGGCCGUCCCAUCUGUUGCCCUCGCCGGCCAAGAUCUACUCCUCGUUCAUGGAGGGCCUGCUCAAGAAGGCGCACACCCAGGUCGCCGCCACCGCCGACGCUGCUGCCCAGCAGCCAACCGGCGCCGAGGAUAAUGGCGACUCGGCCAUGCAGCUGGACGCGCCGGCCGAGGCCGUCGACGACAAGAAGAAGAAGGAGCACGCCGCCGCGGCCAACGGCGUGGACGAUGCCAGCACUUCGAAGAACCAACACAAGAGGCAGACCAAGAUUACGGAGAAGACCUUCUACGACUCGAUGUUCAAGUUCUUCUCCUCCUACGCUGCUCGCGACGAAGAAACGGAGAUGCCGGCUUCGCUGCUCAACGAGCUCACGGCACCCGUGCGGCCGCCGAAGCAGGCCACGCAGCAGAAGCAGGGCAAGGGCAAGGCCAAAACGCAAAGCGGAAGCGGCGGUGACAAGAACGGCAAGGCCAACCCGCAGCAGAAGAAGGCCAAUAGUGGCAAGACCGAGGAGGCAACGCCCGUGACGACCACCGCCACGCCGGCGGAUGCCACGCCCGAGGCGGUCGCGGCCACUGCCACCACGCCCACUCCCACGAAGAGCCCGCGAAAGAAGAAGCGCGCUUCGGUGCCCGCGGCAGGAGGUGAGGCGGACGCCAUGGCCGUGGAAAGCCACACCACCACCGGCAGCAGCGGACCCCGAGAGGAGCCGGCGCAGGCGAAUGGCACCAAGACCACCACGCCACGAAGGCGCAGGAAGAGCUCGAACGGAUCGCAACAGCAGGAGUAG